CUUCUUCUUCUUCCUCUUCCCUUGGCUGGCCGUCUUACUGAUUGCAUCAUUUACUCUGUUUGUUUCGUUUACUUGCGCGCUUCCGAGCUCCGAUUUUGGCAGAGAAGGAGAAGAAGGAGAGAUGGGCUCACGACAAGGACCACCGAAGCAUCAGAACAAAUUCGCAUGGGUACCCAACGCCGGCGUGAAGAUCAACGAAACGGAAGUGGGCGGGAGAUUCAGACCGCUCUCGGAGAUAACCGGAGUUUGCCUUCGCUGUCGGGAGCAGAUCGCUUGGAAACGCAAAUACGGAAAAUACAAAAAGCUAACCGAACCCGCCAAAUGUCAGAAGUGUACGAAGCGUAAUGUUCGUCAAGCGUAUCACAAGUUAUGCUCUGGUUGUGCCAAGGAGCAGAAAGUGUGUGCCAAGUGUUAUUCUUCUACUGAGCAAAUCAUGGGAAGAGAUAUUUAUGAGGUAGAGGCUGAACAGAAGCUGCUUGAUGAGACUAUCAAGAAUGCUAGGGAAAGAGAUAGAAGGACGCUUUUGCGUGCUAUGAACAAAGAUAACAACCCGAAGAAAUCAGAUGAAGCAGCAGCAACAAGGAGCGAUAGCAGCAAGGUUGGUGAUGUGUUUCCAUCAACAUCUCUUGAAGAAUAUGCAAACAAGUCUGGAAAAGUUAGCGGGAUUGUUGGUCAUGGUAGUGUGCCUGAUCAUGGCCAUGUUGUUGAGGAUGAUGAAGAAGAAGAUGAUGAUGAUGUUGGUAGUGAACCUGAAUUAGAUGAAGAUCACUGUGGUGAUGAUGAUGAUGAACUCCAGAAGUGAAUGUUAACUUUGGUUGUUAGUUCUGUCAAUUUUGAUAGGCUUGUGAGAUUUUGCAAAACUGAUUCUACUUCUUGUUUUGAUAUACUUCACUCUGCUAUGGCUAUAAUGUAUUGGGCUGAAAACUUCAAACGGGCCUCAUGUUUUCCUU